CAAGGACGGAGAGACUGCUGGUCAAGAGGGCAGCCCGCCUGGGGAAGCCCAGAGCAGCCAAAAGAACAACAGAAAGGCUUAGAGGAGACAGUUUAAAAAGAGCAACCCUACAAAGGCAUCAUGGGAAAUGUCCAGUGCUGCCACUUUCUCUCCAACUAUUUCAAAUGUCCAGACGCUUUAGCACCAUCUGCGGCUGAGAGGUCUCCUUUACUCUCCAGUGAUGAAGAAACCAGGUCUAACUCCCCAAGUCUCCAUGAUGACACAGAGGAUGACCUGUUGACCAUGUCUACUGAUCUGACCAACCCCACCCUCGAACCUGAGCAUUUCCUGUUUCCUGAUUUGAUAUUGAGUAGUAAAUUAGGGGUAGAUGCAGCUGUGGUGGAGCCAAUGGUUUGUCUUUUGGUGUCUGAGGAAGAAGAGGGACAAGGAGCAGAACGAAGAGAGGAUACUACAUGUAGAAGAAGGCUGUACUCUGAGGUGGAAACUCAAACUGAAAAUGAGACACAAAUUUUAAAAUCUGGACAAAUUCACAUGCACGUAGAAGUUGAGACACAAACUGAAAGAUUAUUGAAAAGUCCCAAGAAACAAGAGAAAGAAAAACUGACUGAAAUUAAAUUAGACAUUUUCGGAAACUGUUUAAAAGAGCACACAGAUAUUACAAAACAUUUUGAAGAUGCAGCUGAUAGUGUAAAAAUAGAUAUACAGGCAAAAUCAGACAAGCAAAAUAUGAAUAUUAUAGAUACUCAAGAGGAAAUGGUUUCAAGUUGUAGGAAUAAGGAUUUUCCUACCAAAUUAAGUAAAAACAGCAUUGAGCAUAAUACACAGAAGAUUCAAAACAAUAUGGUGCUAAUAGUAGAGCAAAGUGAACUUUUUGUAGAAGAGAAGGACAACAUAGUGGUAGAGAGUAAUAGUGAAGUAAAGUGUGAAAAACUGGACUGUUAUGAUGAAGAGGUUUUGGAUACAGUUGUGAUUAAUUCUGAAUGUGUAGGAAAUAUUUUGGUUAUGGAGGAUACACAAGAGACAUUAGCUUCUCAUGAUCAGAAAGAGGAGUACACAUUUAGCAAAGUAGACACAUCUACUGAAAACCGUAUUCAAAAGGAGUAUGAGGAUAGUGAUGUGCCAUUUGUUAUGGAUUUGGACACUGCUCUUCAUGCUGAAAAUCUGAGUCUGUCUGGAACAAAGCAAAUGACCCUCUUUCUGGUUGAUAAGUUGUUUCUAGAAACACCUCAGUUUAAAGCACCGCCUUGUCAAACUGAAGAGGAGUGGUCUGAAGAAAUGAUUGAACAAAAAAUAGAAGAAAUAGUGGCUCAACAGGAGAUGAACUUUACUGUAAAAAUUCAACCUCCGGGAGCAGACAUCUUUCGAAAUACAGGCAUGUUAACCAAUGUCUCUGGACAAAUGCUGGUUGCUGAGCUUCACCAAGUUUUGAUGGACCAUGAGCUCACCUGCCAUCGCACAUGCUUCUCCCUGCAACUGGGGAGUGCCGUUCUGGACAGCCUGUCAGAGCUACAGUCCAUACAGGGUCUGCAAGAGGGAGAAGUCAUCAAAGUAGUGGAAGCACCCUAUGCAGUUCGAGAUGCUCGUCUUCAUCUCAGACAUGUCAAAAAUCUCCUGAGAAGUUUGGAUCAUACAGAAGCAUACAAUGGACAAAAAGGAUGUUCUAUUUCUUUUGUAAAUUUGAUCACCCAAAUGGACAAAGAUGGUGAAAGCAGGGACCAAGAGAGGUUUUGUAUGCCUCCUGAAUAUGUCCUCCCUGGAUGCAAAGACAGACCACUAGCUCCUCUUCUACCACACAGAGAUGAUUUGAAGCCACUGCAGUGUCUUCAAGUGUUGACUUUGAGUAGCUGGAACCCUCCUCCAGGAAACAGGAAGAUGCAUGGAGACCUGCUGUAUUUAAAUGUUCUGACUAUUGAAAACAGAGAAUUCAAUAUAACUGCAUCAACCCGGGGUUUUUACAUCAAUCAAUCUACUGCCUUCAAUUUCAAUCCCAAACCUGCAUCCCCCACGAUCCUGUGCCAUUCUCUGGUGGAGCUGUUGAGCCAGAUCAGUCCUGCAUUCAAGAAAAACUUUACAGCUUUGCAGAAGAAGAGGGUUCAACAGCACCCUUAUGAGAGGAUACCAACACUGUUUCAAACAUAUGUCUGGAUCGCUCCUUUAGCAGACCAUUCACUGGAUGGGAUCAGAGCAGAGGAGACACACAGCAGCCACAUGGGGCAGGAUGACCUCACUGCUGGACAGAAUCGAGACUGGAAUGAGGAGCUGCAGGGAUCCAGAGAGCUCUCAAAAAACACUUUACAAGACCGAAUCUUAAGAGAAAAGAGCAUUUUCAAGACCAGUGCUGACUUCACAGUUGCUGCAACACGAGGAGCUGAGUUUGUCGUUGAUGGUAAUGCUGUGCCUUUAAAUCCAGGAGAAGCCCCUCAUCUACAAAUGUUCAUCUGGAACAACAUGUUUUUCAGCCUGGGUUUUGAUGUGUCAGAGCACUUUCGUCCUCUAGGGGGCGACACUGCUGCACACGCUGCUGCUCUUAGAGACCUGAGAGGGACACAGGCUUAUACAUCACUGGACAUCAAUGGUCUUCACACUCUUGGGACAGCUGUGAUAGACUAUCGUGGAGUUCGAGUUAUUGCACAGUCCAUAGUCCCAGGAUUAUUGGAGAAAACUCAGGAGCAACCUCUUGUCUAUGGAUCUAAUGACUAUGGGAAAACAGUCUAUACACACCCAAGGUUUGUGGAGCUUUUGGAUAAAACAUGUCACUCUUUGAAGAUCCAGCGUCACACUGUACUAGACCACUCCGGGACUCCAGUGGAUCUCUGCUCUGGAGUCGAAACUAAAGGGAUUUUUGGAAAUGAUGGCCGAGCCUACAUCCUGGACCUUCUGAGAGCUUUCCCCCCUGAUCUUAACUUUCAGCUAACAGAAACAGAGCAUAAAGACAAUGAAGAAAUCCCGAAAGAGUGUGUUCAAUAUGGAUACCCACGUCAAUGUCGUCACAGACUGGCCAGCCACAGACCAGAGCUGGUAGAAGCGUUUGUCCAACACAGGUAUGAUAUUUAUGCCAAGGCAGUAUCAAAAGGGCUUACAGAAACUGACAAUUGUGGAAAGAAGCAGGAAGUGGUGAAGGAGUUGACGAACUGUCGUGAAAACAACAAUUCAGCACUGAAUGUUGAAGAUGUUCUUAAACAAGCUGUGAUCCUGGAAGCGUGUAGGUCUGUGGGAUCAGUGAGUGACUCCAGCUUUGACAUUCGCUUCAACCCUGAUGUUUGUUCUCCAGAUGUUACUUUCCCCGUGGAAUGUGCAGAGGAGUUUCUGAGGCAAAGACAGUUAUUGUGGCAUGUAGCUGCUUUUCUGCUCUCUCACCAAAUCCCUGCAUUGCUGACAGAAUGCCUGGCCCAUCCCACUGUGGUGAUGGAUGGGGCAACCUUGACCUCUGAGCUGCACCGGCAUGGCAUAAAUGUGAGGUAUUUGGGAACUGUCCUGGAGCAGCUUGACUCAAUGGAGGAGUGUGUGAGACUCAGUCAUGUAAAGAGAAUUUGUGUCAGUGAGGUCAUUGUGAGAAGCACCAAACAUACAUUCAGGACCUACCUGCAGGACGUGGAUCCGGCCUCUCUCUCUGCUGCUGUCAGUCAUUUCCUGAACUGUUUCCUCGGCUCUUCAUGUUUCGUCCCAGGAGGAAGAUCUGAGGAGAUGGUCACGAAGCGCAGGAGUCGCAGACGGCGCAGACGACUUUCAGGAAGUGUUUGGGCAAAGUUGACCCACAUUGACCUUUGGAGCAGGAUCAAGAAAGAGGCACAAGAAUAUUUUGGCUACCACAUAGAGAGUGGGAGCAUGGAUGAAGUCACUGAAAAGCACAGCCUUCAGAAGAUUUCUCUUCUGCGAGCGAUUUGCCUACAAACCGGGAUCCAGGUGCUUUUGAAGGAGUAUGUAUUUGAAUCUCGUCACAGACCAGUAUUUACUGAAGAAGAUGUCAUGAACAUGUUUCCUGUCAUCAAACAUCUCAAUCCAACUUCGUCAGAUGCCUCUCGACUCAUUCGGGAGGCUCAGAGGGCGGUACAAAGGGGUCUUCUUAAAGAUGGCUAUGACUUGAUCAGCCAGGCCAUAUCCCUUUUUACCAGCGUCUGUGGUGUGCUGCAUGAAGAUGUGUGCUCCUGUCUGCGCCUCCAAGGACGACUCAGCUACAUACUGGGACAACACACAGAAGCUAUAAACCUCCAGGAAAAGACUGCUACUAGUAGUGAGAGAAUCAAAGGUGUAGACCAUCCUCAGACCAUUCAAGAUUAUACUUACCUGGCUCUGUACUGUUUUGCCGGAGGUCAACAUGCUACCUCACUUCAGCUCCUUUACCGUGCUCGGUACCUGUCUCUACUUGUAUGUGGGGAAGACCAUCCACAAGUUGCAUUAAUAGAUAGUAUGCUGGGUUUAGUGCUACAUGGACUAAUGGAGUAUGAGCUUUCCCAGAAGUUUCUUGAAAAUGUCUUAUGUCUUGCUGUAAAAUACUAUGGUGCCAUGUCUCUGAAACACGCUCAGAGUCAUCAUCAGCUUGCCACUCUUCUGGAAAGUAAAGGUGACUUCAGAGCUGCUCUACACCAUGAAAAAGAGGCCUGUUCUAUAUAUCAGAGCCAGGUUGGGGAGGACCAUGAUCGAACUAGGGAAAGCAAAAACUACCUGAAGACACUUACUCAACAAGCUGUGAACCUCCAGAAAGCACUUAAUCAAAUCUACUGUGAAACACCCUGUGCCUGUAUAACACCUCCAAAGCUCUCGGUCCCAAACACAGCUACAAUCCUUCAGCAACUGAACCUCACCUGUGGCAUUGUUCUCGUUCCUCUCAGUGCAGAAGAAGUGACCAAUCUGGGGACAAAGAUCAAAAAAGAAGAAACACAUAAAGUGAAAAAGCAAGAAAACAUCAACUAAAGCCAAAUCAUUCAACACCUGCACACAAUACCACAAUGUUGACUGUAUUGGAUGGUUGCAAAAUAAAAUGUCUCUUUUGUCAGACUCUGCCAGACAAAAGGAAU